UCAGAAGAGACAGCACCUUGCAUUCUGCUACCUGCAACUUUCUCUGCUUUGUUGCCUCUUCUAUCAGACACGAUGUCUUGCCGUUCCUAUCACGUCCAGAAUUUUAGCUCUUCUUCUGCUGUCUUGCCAAGGAACAUGAGGCCAUACAGCGUCUCGUGCCAGGGAGCCGGUGGUGUAGGCUACAGAGGACUAGGCUACUUUGGCAGCCGAAGCCUCAGUGGGGCAGCACCCUACAAACCCAGAAUUGCUGUUGGUAGAUGUCCACCUCUGAGAUAUGGAUAUGGGUAUGUUCUGGGACAUGGCUAUGGCAAUGCUGGCUUCGGCUACAGAGUUGGUGGAGUCUCUGGGCCUUGUCCACCAAUUGCACCGGUCACUGUGAACGAGCAGCUGCUCCAACCAGUUAAGCUGGAGAUUGACCCAAACAUGCAAACAGUGAAAUUCCAGGAGAAGGAGCAGAUCAAAACCCUCAACAACAAGUUUGCUUCUUUCAUUGACAAGGUCCGAUUCCUGGAGCAACAAAACAAGGUGCUGGAGACCAAAUGGAGCUUCCUGCAGAAUCAGCAAUGUCGCAGAAACAUCAUUAUGCCCACGUUAGAUGCUUAUAUCUGUAAUCUGAGAAAGCAGCUGGAGGCUCUGGGUUGCGAGGGAGCCCAGCUAGAGGCAGAUCUAAAAGCAGCACACGAGGUCAUGGAGACCAACAAAAAAAUGUAUGAAGAGGAAUGCAGUCGCCGAACGUGUGCUGAGAAUGAGUUUGUUGUUCUUAAGAAGGAGGUGGACUGUGUCUUCUUGAACAAGGCAGAACUGGAGGCCAGGGUGGAGAGUCUAAAAGAUGAAAUCAUCUUCCUGAAAUCUCUCUAUGAGGAGGAAAUCCACAUGCUUCACUCCCAUAUCUCAGACACGUCCGUCAUUGUGCAAAUGGACAACAGCCGGAACCUGGAUUUGGACGGCAUUAUCACGGAGGUCAAAGCUCAGUAUGAGGAUAUCGCCAGCAGGAGCCGAGCUGAGGCAGAGGCUUGGUAUGAAAGCAAGUUUGAAGAGCUGCGAGUGACCGCCGGCAGGCACGCUGAUAGUCUGCGUGACACCAAGAACGAAAUAGCAGAGCUGACCCGCAUCAUUCAGAGACUGAGAGGAGAAGUUGGAACUGCAAAGGACCAGCGCUGCAAACUGGAAGCAGCUGUGGCCGAGGCGGAGCAGCAAGGGGAGCUGGCUAUUAAAGAUGCCAGGUGCAAACUGACUGACCUGGAGACUGCCCUACAGCAGGCCAAGGCUGACCUGGCCCGCCAACUGCGGGAGUACCAGGAGCUGAUGAACGUCAAGCUGGCGCUGGACAUCGAGAUCGCCACCUACCGAAAGUUGCUGGAGGGAGAAGAAUACAGGCUGGGUGCUGAAGGAGCCUGUCCUGUCAACAUCUCUGUAUGCAGAUCCCAAGGUGGGCUCAUCUGUGACCCUGACCCCUGCAUCGGUGGUGGUUAUUCAGCAACCAGAAGCUCGAUGAGAAUCAGUGGUGUUAGCUGCGACCGAGGCAUAUACAGCACUGCGAUGGGACCAACUGCGGGAGACAUGUCUUCCCCCUGUGUCCCUGUAGGCAGCGUCAGCAACAGAAGUACAAGAAGCUCCAAUAUUAGAUUUGUGUCCACCAGUUCAUCCAGAACAAAGCUUUAAAAAUCAAAGGCAUGAAUGGAAAAGGCCUCCCCACUUCUAGAAUUAAAUAAAUGGAUCUCUGCCUAACAACAGCAACAGCACCGCAGGGGCGAAUUGCUAUGGUACAAUCCCAGGCUCUUGAGUCCCUUGGGGUUUUGUCGCUGACUUCAGUGCACACAGGAUUUUCACAGGGCUGGUCUUUGGGGAGAUUCAUUGAUUUGCACUCCCAAUAGUCUCUUUUUAGUCCUUGGUUUUUGUGCAAUUUCCAAUUUGUUCUAUUCAGUGCAAGACUGAACCUCUCUCCCCACUCCCCUUAUGAGUCAUAUCUUAUUUUAGACAUAGAUCAUUUAGACAAAGUGCCCAGUUCUCCACUGCCCCAAACAAAUGGCCCAGUUCUUGGUUUCUAUAAAGCCUCUUGGCACCAUUCAGGUAAGCAUAAAGUAUAUUAAAGCAGGUGUCACUAAAGCAAAAGUCUGGGCGCAUCUACAUGUGCGCAUUAACUGCUCAGUAACAGAAAAUACUGUGCACUACAGGCACACAUCUACACAUGCAUGCCCGUACUGCGCAGUAAAUAUGGUGACUUAUACUGACUUGUGCAUAAAUUUGAUACCUGCACCAUGCAAGUACCAAAUUUAUACCUGAUUAGUUACUGUGCAGUAAAGCACAUGUAGAUGCCUUACUGCAUAGUAACACUGUGUGUGUGGACUGACUUGGGACCAACUUUAGUCCCAAGUCAGUUUAAGAUACAGUGUUAAUGUGCUUUAACACCUGCAUGUGCAGACGCUGGCCUAUUCCUGCUUACUGUGCAGUAAUUUACUGUGCAGUAAAUUUAAGCCAGCAUAAAUGCACACCCACUGACUCUUAUUGGUAGUUUCCUCCACAGACCUGGAGGGUUGUAUGAAGCUUUAGAACAUCUCUAUACUGAGGUUUUAUUGCUUUGCUUUAUAUGUUAACUAAACAGCAAAAAAACCCCCUCUGCUGUGAAUGCAGGUAUACUGGUCCUUACCCAUUUUUAUCCAAUAUAAGAUAUUCUGGGCAUGUCUACACAUGCACUUUAAUGCACAUUAACCUAUUUUAAUGUGCAUUAAAGCAUCACAAAAAACAUGCUCUUUAGCUAAAAUGCACUAAAAUAGGCAAACGCACCUUUUUCUAGUACCUCACAAUGGAGGUAUUAAACUUAAUGUGCAUUACCUAAAGUGCAUUAAUGAAUGUGUAGAUGUACCCACUGAUAGCCAAUUGCUGUCUACCCAUAAACUCACAACUAUUCUAGGGCUUUCACCAGCAUUGCUCUCCUGGCAACAAAUCAAACCCUCUACAAACAUAUUUACAGCCUAAGUCAGUAUAAAUCUGACCCAAAAUGCCUGUCUAUGUAGGCUCAAGACCAUUAUUUCCUUACAGAUGAGGCGUGUUUUUCCAAUUUUUUUCCUCAGAGGGUUGAACUUACAGCAGCUGUUGAUGCUGUUAGGCAGAUGCUCCACUAACUUACUGCUUGGUUCAUUUUGAAACUGCUCCUCAACCUUUCUUGUUUUCUUUGGGAUUCUGGUGAUCAGGCAAAUGUGAGAAUAGGGCUCUAUUUUCCUCAAAGGGUUUGGAUUGGAAGGAUUAUUGUAGAUUUGGAGGAGCAAGCUUGAUUGGUCAAGAUUGAAGGCACAAGGCCUAUAAACCACCUGGGUACAGUUUAAGACGCUCCAACAAUAGUGAUAUUCCUGACCCUAAUGCAUCUACCUGUAUGUGUCAUCACUACAUAGGAAGAUCUGAUGCUCUUCAACAUCUACCACAUGAGACCUAUUGUCAACUCAGUAAAUCACUUGCUCUAAGCAGGUCGAUUGCCAAAGAAGAGGAAACUAUUUAUUCUUUAUAAUCUGAUGGGAUGCAGGGGGGUUGGGGAGGGGGCGGGGAGGUUGUGGUCAUUAAUUCUUAAGGAUUCUUUUGUCUUGGUUUUGUUCUGUGUUUCCAAUAAACUGACAUAGCAGAUCAA